AUGAGCCAUUCGGGAGGUAUCUUUAUUAACGAGUGCUGUUGGAGGCAGGGUUUGACUGUGUGACCCAGAUGUCUAUAUAUAUGAGGAUCAAUAAUCACUUUCCCAGAUGCUUCGUUGUGGCUGGAAAUGGGACAAUAAAAAGAUGAGCAGCUCUGAAGGAGAUGACCUGGACCUGUCUUUUGAGGAGGUGUUAGUCGGUCGAGUCAAUUCUUUCAAGAGAUUUGCUAUUGAGCAGCUUUCUGAUGUGAAAAAAACACAUAAAAGCCUGCAGGAAUCAUUAAACAACACAACAAUGAUAAGCGACAUGGCUGCAGUUAAGGCUGAGCUCAGCGCCUUAAAAUCUCGCGUAGCAGACCAAGACCAAAAGAUUGAGGAGUUGAGGAAGCAGCUGGAAGAAAAGGGCAGCAGUGCUCCUGCCCACUCCGGAGGCCAGAAGAGACCAGCCUCCUCACCAGAUUGGACUCCAGAACGGAAGCAGAGACGGUCUGAAGAGCUGGACAAGAUCCUGGAGCCAAUCUGGCCAGAAAAAUCCGAUGCCCGUGAGAAGCUGACUGAAAGGCAGCAGGCCUUCUUCAGCUACAUGACGGACCAGCUGAAAAUCAAAGAUCGGAGAAACCUGGAGAUGAACGUGGCGACGGUGCUCAACGAAGGAGUUUUCAGGGGCGUCUGGGAGGAGGAAUGGACUCCUGCGGGAAUUAAAGCAACAUUCAAGCAAUACCUUGUAGAAAAAAUAAGAAAUCACGUGAAAAAGCUCCUCAAGAGGACCAGUGAAAAGUCAACAGACUGA